GGAAGAAAGCUGGUGGUCCGAGAAGGGACACCGUCAGCCUGCUUUGUGAAGCUCAAGGCAAACCUAUUCCCUCCGUGACAUGGAUGAAGAACAACAAGACCCUAAACAACCAUAUGCAUGGCAGUAAAGAAACUCUUCAACUGUCCAACAUUAAAUCAGAGGAUGCUGGGAUGUAUGGUUGUCAGGCAGAGAAUCCACAUGGCUCAAUCAAGAAGAAUCUUUCAGUGAUUGUGCAGUAUCGCCCAAGGACAAUGACGUUCAAUGUCACCCAUGCACACAGGAGGGACCCAGCACUAGCUCGAGGUUGCCCCAGGGAAGUAGCCAAUGGCUCCCAGUUGACGGUUCAGGAAGGCAACUUAUUGCGGCUGCUCUGCAAGGCCGAUAGCAACCCUGCAGCCACUACGAGCUGGUUCAAGGAAGGCAGGGCCUUGAAGAAGCUGUCAGAUGACUGGUUGGAGCUGGUCAAUGUGAAAGUAGAGGAUCAGGGUGACUACAGGUGCCAGGCUCAGAACGCCAUAGCCUCUGCUGAGGGAUUCCUCCACCUCCUUGUGGAAUAUGCUCCCAAGCUCACCAAUACCCCCCAGAAAAACACUACCUGUUGGCGUAAGGACAAUGGCAUCCUCUGCAACUGUUCCCUGCACUCCAUGCCUCCAUCUCAGAUCCAUUGGCAAGUUGGCGGGAAGACUGUAGCUGAGAACAGCAGCACGGCAGACCUGAAAGUCUCUUCCUCAGUCCAGAAGAAUGAGGUCACCAGCUCCCUAAUUUGGACAGGUAGCCCGGAUGGCGACCUCAGCAUCAUCUGUCUUGGGAACAAUUCUCUGGGAACCUACACCAUGCAAUUCCUCCUUAGUUCCUUGAAAACAGGUGCAGGAAGCCAUUCAGCACUGCUCCUUUCUGGGCUGUGUGGGGCUCUGCUGGCAGCGGUUGUCUUCCUGCUCUGCCUGGGCCUGAUCAAGCUUUAUAAGAAGAGGAAAGCAGAUCCGAAAGCGGCCACCCCAGAGGCUGUGGAUUCUGCUAAUUAUGUAAACUCUGCCAAUGGAGGGCAGCAGAGAGCCAACAACUUCAGCCUGAUCUAUAACAACUUUUUACCUCAGGACUACCGGUGGGUUGAUGCGGUGGCUGCGGCCGCUGCUUGCAGGUUGGCAGGCGGCUCUGUCUUCUUUACUGCGGUGCCACUUGGGAAGCAGCAGCAGCAGCAGCAGCAGCAGGUGUUGGGUAAAAGCUCCAGUGAUGCUCCGGUUCUCCUACCUCUGUCCGCGGCUCCACCGGGGCUGCUGCUUCUAUCUUUGCCAGCCAAUGCAGCUUCCUACCCCACCACGGCGCCUGGCUGGCUGGAGAGGCCCAACUGCGGCUAUUGGGACAACAACUGGGACAGGUAA